UAAGCAGAACGUUGCAGAGACGGUGACUUGGUGAGUUUUGCUGUUAAAUAUAAUCAAAAUACCAAGGAAAUGGCUGAGAAAGUCGCUCUGGUUGAAAGUUUCCUGAGUUGCCAUGUGUGUUCAGAGACUUUCAAAGAUCCUGUGUCUCUGAGCUGCAACCACAGCUUCUGUUCAAGCUGCCUGAAAAAAUUCUGGGAACAAGCUAAAAACAAAAACUGUCCCAUUUGUAAAAGGAAAUCCUCAGAGGCUUUUCCAACUGUAAACUUUGCACUGAAGGAACUGGCUGAUUCCUUUGCUGGGAGACAGAAAUCUGGAUCAUCUGAGACAGAACUGGGAGAGAAGAAGGUGGAGGUGGUUUGUAGUAAACAUCAAGAAGAGACUAAAUUGUUCUGUAUGGAUGAAGAUAGAGCUGUGUGUCCUGUCUGUGAGUUUUCUCUCCACCACGGUCACAAGGUGGUUCCUGUAGAACAAGCAGUCAGUGACCUGAAGGAGCAGCUGAAAUCUGACUUAAAGUCUCUGCAGGACAAGAGGAACAAAUACAAACAAGUGGAGAAAACAUACAGUGAAAUGACUGAAAUCUCCAAGGAGCAGCUGUCGUCCACAGAGAGGCAGAUCAGAGCAGAGUUCAACAAGCUCCACCAGUUCCUGAAAGAGGAAGAGGAGUCCAGACUGGCAGCUCUGAGGGAGGAAGAGGAACAGAAGGGGAAGACUAUCAGCAGAGGGAUGAAGAUGAUUCAGGAGCAGAUCUCCUCUCUGUCAGACAGUAUCUCUGCUGUUGAAGAAGACCUGCAGAAACACAACGUGCCGUUCCUCAGCAGUUAUAAAGCCACUCAGACCAGAGCCACAGCCCAGUGCUCACUGUCAGAUCCACAGCUGCUCUCAGGAGCUCUGACAGAUGUGGCCAAACACCUGGGCAACCUAUCCUUCAGAGUCUGGGAGAAGAUGAAGGAGAAGGUCCACUUCAGUCCUGUCAUUCUGGACCCAAACACUGCAAGCCCCUGGCUCCAUCUGUCUGAUGAUCUGACCAGUGUGAGACAUGGGGACACAAAGCAGCAGCUCCCUGACAAUCCAGAGAGAUUCACUCAGUAUGUCACUGUUCUGGGCUCUGAGGGCUUCAGCUCAGGGAAACACAGCUGGGAGGUGGAGGUGGGAGACCAUCCUGACUGGAUUGUGGGUUUGACUAAAGAGUCAGUUGACAGGAAGGGAGAGUGUCCUGCUUCACCAGAAUAUGGAAUUUGUUGUUUAUCACAUGAUGAUGAUGAAUACACCAAUGGUGAUGGUGAGACUGUCCCAGUGAAGAAGAGUCUCCAGAGGAUCAGAGUCCAGCUGGACUAUGACAGGGGGGAGGUGUCCUUCUACGACCCUGAAGACACGACUCACAUCUACACUCACAGAGACACUUUUACUGAGAAACUCUUCCCAUAUUUUAAUAUUGGAGAAGCUGGUGACGCCAAAACCUCUGUUAUCAAACUAUGUCACACUGAGAUUUCUCUGUGAUGUUCAGGGAUGUUAGUUUUUCUCUCAUGAUGGUUUGAGGUUUAUUACACUUUAAACUCAUCAUCACACUUUACAGCCAAGCUGCUUCUACAUCUGCUCACCUGUCAUUUAGUCUUUAAAACAGAUGUGAUUUGGUGUUGAGGGUUACUAAAACAUUUAGCUCCUUGUUUCUGUGCUCUGAAAUGAAUUAUCCAGAAUUGUGUUGAUGUACAAAACUGAAAACAUGAACAACUCAACAACUGUUUUCAACUGAAUCAGAUCAGGUGAUAAACUUUUAUACAGCUGCAAAUCAAGACAGAUUUUAAAUAAUAUCAUCAUCAUCUGCUUUAGUUUUUAAGAUUUCUGAUUAAUUGUUGUUUAAUUAUUUUAUUUAUGAAGAGAAUUGAUCUGUUGUUGAGGGCCACAGAAACUUUACUGUCUGAAAUUGAUCGUGUAAAAUGAUUUUUAUCUUCAAUUGUUGUUGUCAUGGAAACUCCUUGUAAAUACAUGAAAAUCCAAACUGUUGUUUUUAUAUGAAAAUCAUUUAGUCACAGUUUUGUUUUCUUUGGCUCAGAUUUAUUCAUGAUGGUAACUCCUGCUGUCGAUUUUCAGCUUUUUAAAAAUAGAUUUAGUUUGCAGGUUUGUUGGAUCUUUAUUCUUAAAAUAAAGAUUAAUAUCCAAGAAAAUGUGACAACAAACUGCUGAAGCUGUAUCACAUCAUUAGGAAACAAACUUUACAAAUCAGAGCUGUUCAUUAUCCUGGUUCUCAGCAUCUUGUUUUGAGUCAAACAACAUUGUAUAGUAGUUUAUAUCCACUGUCCUGAUGCUCUGACUGUUUCACUUCUGUGACAGUUUGUUCAUCAGCAGUUUUACUUUUUGAUCUUCUUGUGUCAUUUGAUGAGUUUUGGAUCUGUAGUUUUAUUCUUUGGAAACAGAUUUUUUAAUAGAGAUUUAUUUUAAUUAAGUAUUUAAUUACACUGCCUCUUCAUACAUUAUUUGUCAUUUUUGUAUCGGUCUACUUGGUCAAUGACAUGAACGCUAAAUGUCCAGUUCAUAAUGGUGAGAUAUAGGUUUAUCAAAUGUACAUCUUAUGGAUGCUACUUUAAAUGAUGUGUAAAUAAAUCAGCAGCAGUUUUUACUUAGAUUUUUUUUGGGACAGGAAAUGAGAUUUAUUUUAUGAUUUUGUUUCCGUUUCUGAUAAUCGUCAUUUUAGAAAACUCAGUGUGAAUUACAGUAUAUUUGUAUGUAUAUCAUAAAGCAGCACAUUACUUCAUCUUGACCUAUUGAUGGUUUAAACUUCAUUCUAGUUUUCAAAGCAACAAAUUUCUUCCUGAAACUCUUUUGGUCUGUUUUCAGAACACAGUUUAUCUAAAUCUCAGUAUCUGCUCUUCAACUUUUAUUUACAAAACAAAACUCAAGAUAUUUCCUUUUGUGACGUCACAUGAAAACAAACUUGAAAUAAUCCUAAAUAUGUAAAACUAUUUGAAGAAUAAAUCAUUGCAUGUUGGAGAAAGGUUGUACAACUUGUUUAAUUUUGUUGGAGUUGCAUUGAUUUUCACAGCUGCUCACUGUGUGUGAUCUCACAGUUAGAAACAGUCAGAAAUCAGAUCUGAAGAUGGAUCGUUUCUCUGUUACAGAUCUGCCACAAUCCUGUAGUUUAUCAUUAGAAAGUUACAGAAGGUCAUUAAACAACUUCUCUUCCUGCCUGGACGACAUUUCUUCAAUCCUCAUUGUUUUCCUGUUUGAUUUUAAUGAGAAAUAAGAAAUCGACAGAACAUUCAUGUUUUGUUCACAAUAUAAAAAUCUGAUCAUUAGUUAUUUGUGAGUCAUUUGUCAAUCUCAUUAUAAUCAGUCCGACCAGUGCAUGAUGGGAUAUAUACUCAUGUCCUCCUGUGACCCUGAACAGAGAGAGACAGUAAAUGACAUAUGACUGAGUGAUUGAAUGAAGAAGUGAAUCAGUGAGAACAUGUGGGGCAAAGAAAAGAAAAAACAUCUGCACAAGAUUAACAAGAAGAAAGAAGAUCUGAGGGUUGAAUUAAAACUUUGUAGCUGCAUUUGAAGUUAAUACCUGCAACAUUUAAUUUGUC